CGGGUUCCUUCCCAUUCCCCCCUUCCCCUUCGCACGGCGGGAAACGGCUUAUUUUGGGGAAAGCGUCCCUCCAAAAGCCCGUCUCUCUCUUCCUUGAAAACCCUAAGAAAUAAAAACAAAAAAUUUAAUCGAAAACAAACACAAAUCAAAUCACAGAUUCACCGAUUGUUAUUGAUCUUUUGCUUUUGUUAUGGUCUCCUUCUCUUCCAUGGCGGUGCCGUUGCAGAAGUUCAUGCAUGAAGAAGAAGAGACCGAAACUGGAACUCCGAUAAGGUACUUACCCCUCCACCACGUUUACUCUGCUACUUCUCCUUGCGUUAGCGCUAGUGGAUCCUCGAACGUUAUGUCGAAGAAGGUGAAAGCUCGAAAGCUUAUCGAUGAACCCCUCGGUGACCCUCCUGACGAUUCAGGUAAAAAAGGAUCGCAGUCGUACAAGCCACCUCUCAUUCAUGUCUACAUCAGGAGGGCGAAGAGGCCCCGGCAUUGCGCGGAUAAGCUCCCAUUCUUCGAUUCUUUGAUGAAACGUGUUAAAUCAGAAUCGAGGAGCUUUGAUGGAAUUGACCCGAGUGAAGAUUUUGGAGGAAAUCGGUUUGGGGGUAGCGAUAUUGACGACAUUGGAGAUGGUGAUUUGGGGAAGAGUCGAGCUGGUGAAUCGGAUAUUGGGUUCAACUCGGUCAGGAACAAGAAAAUCGUUAAGCGUAAUAGGAAAGUGGGCAAGUAUGAGCUGCUCAAAUUGGGUGUAGAUUCGAAUGUUUUUGGGGGUCUUAAUGGGCAUUGGUCUUUUGAGAAGAGAGAUUCUAAUGGUACAAGGAGACUCAGGAUGUCAAAGGGAAUGCAGAAACCUGAUACGCAGAAGGGAUCUGCUGGUUCAUCUCGCUCAAAGAGAUGGGUUGAGCUAAGUUUUGGAGAUGUUGAACCAAACAUAUUCAUCGGCUUAGAAUGCAAGGUCUACUGGCCAUUGGACGAUGAAUGGUAUUCCGGUUGCAUUGUUGGGUACAAUUCUGACAUGAAUCAGCAUCGAGUUCAAUAUGUAGAUGAUGAUGCCGAAAGUCUAAUUCUCUCAGAAGAGAAGGUCAAAUUUUAUCUCUCUCGCGAGGAAAUGCGGCGGUUGAAUUUGAGAUAUAGUGUUAAGACUGUGGAUAUUAAUGGCCUGGAUUAUGGUGAGAUGGUUGUGCUUGCUGCUGGUUUUGAGGACUGUCAAGAGCUUGAACCUGGGGAUAUCAUAUGGGCAAAACUUACAGGUCAUGCUAUGUGGCCAGCAAUAGUUAUGAAUGAGGCAGAUAUUAGUGCUCGUAAAGGUUUAAAGCCAACUUCAGCAGAGAGAUCAAUUCCGGUGCAAUUUUUUGGAACCCAUGAUUUUGCCAGGAUCAAUAUGAAGCACGUCAUCUCAUUUCUCAAAGGCCUUCUUUCUUCUUUCCAUCUGAAGUGCAAGCAGACAAGCUUCCGUCGAAGCUUAGAAGAGGCCAAAAUGUACCUGAGUGAACAAAAGCUCCCAAAAAGAAUGUUGAGGCUGCGAAAUAACAUCAGCACUGAUGAUUGUCGGAAUGCCAGUGCUGAGGAGGGAAGUAGCGAUUCUGAUGCUGUAGGAGAUGAAGGGUCACAUAAAACACUGGAAGACACACAAACUUGUCCACUUGAAUUAGGGGAUCUCCGUGUUAUAAGCUUAGGAAAGAUUGUCAGGGACUCGGAUCAUUUUCAAAAUGAUCGGUACAUCUGGCCUGAAGGUUAUAUAGCUCAGAGGAAGUUUACUUCCAUGUCAGAUCCAAGUGUAAGUACCUUCUAUAAGAUGGAAGUGCUGAGAGACCCUGAAUCAACAUUUCGACCUCUGUUCAGAGUUACAGCAGAUUCUGGAGAACAGUUCAAAGGAGCUACUCCAUCUGCUUGCUGGAACAAAAUUUACAGGAGGAUAAGAAAGAUACAGGACAAUUUAUCUAAUGUUGUUAGUGCCAGAGAUGGAGUGCAGAUGGCUAAAAAAUAUGGUUCUUACAUGUUUGGGUUCUCGAACCCUAAAGUUUUUGAUCUUAUACAGCAGGAGUUGUCAAAUUCUAGAGUGUCCUCAAAGUACUCUGGAUGUAAGUUUCCCUCUGAAGGUUAUGGGGACCUUCCGGUUGGUUACAGACCCGUUCAUAUUGACUGGAAAGAUCUUGAUAAAUGCAACGUCUGUCACAUGGAUGAGGAAUAUGAAGACAACUUGUUUCUGCAGUGUGAUAAAUGCCGAAUGAUGGUCCAUGCAAGAUGUUAUGGUGAAUUAGAACCUGUUGACGGGGUUGUAUGGUUGUGCAACCUAUGUCGACCAACGAUGGCCAAACAUCCUCCGCCUUGCUGUCUUUGUCCUGUCGUAGGAGGUGCCAUGAAGCCUACAACCGAUGGACGCUGGGCUCAUCUAGCUUGUGCUAUAUGGAUACCUGAGACUUGCCUAUCAGAUGUCAAGAGAAUGGAGCCUAUAGAUGGGCUUAACAGAAUCAAUAAGGAUCGCUGGAAACUUUUAUGCAGCAUCUGUGGUGUUUCAUAUGGAGCUUGUAUCCAGUGUUCAAAUAAUAUUUGUCGUGUAGCAUACCAUCCACUAUGUGCACGUGCUGCUGGCCUUUGUGUAGAGCCUGAGGAUGAGGACAGGCUGCAUCUCAUGUCUAUGGAUGAGGAUGAAGAUAAUCAAUGUAUUCCUCUACUUUCGUUCUGCAAGAGGCAUAGGCAGCCAUCUAAUGAGCGUUGUUCGCCCGCUGAUGAGAAAACUGGGCAAAUUACCAGGCAUUGUUCCAACUACAAUCCUCCAUGUAAUCCAUCUGGCUGUGCUCGUACUGAACCUUUUGAUUUUCGCAGGAGGAGGGGAAGGAAAGAACCCGAAGCCCUUGCUGCUGCAUCCUUGAAGCGAUUAUAUGUAGAGAAUAGGCCAUACUUGGUUACUGGUUACUGUCAAAAUGGAUCCUUGGGAAAUGUUCCUUCAUCCAAUCAACUCAUGGCCCCAAGAUUCUCUUCUAGCUUUAAAAGUUCGAGAACCUCUCAGCACGAGACCCCUAAGAAUAUCCUUUCUGUAGCUGAAAAGUAUGAAUACAUGAAAGUAACCUUCAAAAAGAGACUAGCAUUUGGGAAAUCUGGAAUCCAUGGAUUUGGCAUAUUUGCAAAACAACCACAUAGAGCGGGAGACAUGGUGAUUGAAUAUACGGGUGAACUUGUCAGACCCCCAAUUGCUGAUCGAAGGGAACAUUUCAUAUACAACUCCUUAGUGGGUGCUGGGACCUAUAUGUUCCGAAUUGAUGAUGAACAUGUCAUUGAUGCCACCAGGGCAGGAAGCAUUGCUCAUUUGAUUAACCACUCAUGUGAACCAAACUGUUAUUCAAGAGUAAUAAGCGUUCACGGAGAUGAACAUAUAAUUAUAUUUGCGAAAAGAGAUAUUAGCCAAUGGGAAGAACUGACUUAUGACUACAGAUUCUUUUCAAUUGAUGAACAACUAGCAUGCUAUUGUGGCUUCCCCAGAUGUCGGGGUGUAGUUAAUGAUACUGAAGCAGAGGAGCGAAUGGCAAAGUUGUGUGUACCUCGUAGUGAACUGAUUUACUGGAGAGGAGAAUAAGAAGAUCUUCAGAAAAAGAAGACGAUUGGUGGAGGGCGUGAGAAGGAUGGCGUAUACUAUCACAAUAGUGAUCCCUUGUCUAUGGGUUGAUGUUUCAUAUUUUAGUAGUGUCUCCUCUUCAGUGGCAUCAUCUUUUAGGUCCUUUGUCGUUGUCUAAACUUCAGCACGUUUUAUUGAGUUGCAAGUCUAUGCCCCGUCUUGAAUAUGAAGUUUUGUGAGCUCAGAAAGCGUUGCCAUUCUUCUUUUCCUCCUCGUAGUGAGUCUAGAAGUCAGUCCCUAUUUUCUUUAGUUUACUCAGAUAUAAGGGGUCCUUGUCGUGUCAAAAAUAGGUUAGGUUUUUUUUUUUUUUUUUUUACCGGUGUGGACAAUCAUUCUUGUUCAACAUGGUUAUAUCUAUUGAAGGACCGUCCUGAGUUUUUAUUUAUUUCUAAUUCAUUUUACAAUGAAAUAAAUACUAAGUUUGAUGUUUCUAUAAAAAAAAUUCGAUCUAAUAAUGUACUUGAGCAAACUUAGAUUCAAAUUUCCACCUUUUGUUUCGACUUUGGUCUGAUUUAUCAAACAAGUUGUUCGUAUACUCAACAAAAUAGAGUAGCUGAAAGGAAAAGUUGACAUUUAUUGUAGGUUGCCCGGUCAUAAGCCUUUCAUAUGAAUGUGCCUCUUAGUUUUUGGUGCGAGUCUAUUUUAACUGCUUGCUAUUUAAUUAAUCGCAUGCCUUCUUCAGCUCUUAAUAAUCAAUCUCCUUUAUUUGUUGUAUUUUUAGUUCUUUGUUUUCCUUGUCACCUCGUAUAUUUGGAUGCACUUGCUUUUUUCACAAUUCGUACCUGACUAUUGAGAAGUUGUUUCCUAUGACUUUCUGAUGUGUUUUUCUUGGUUCUUCUCAGUUUAAAACAGGGUACCAUUGUUAUGACCCUAUUAUUCAUUGGCAUUUUGUUAGUGCUGAUGUUAUAUUUUUUUGGAAAUACUCAAUAUUUUUCUGCUACAAGCCGUGAUUUAGCCACUGCGAUAGUUUUCCACAUAUUCAUUCACUGCUUACACAUUGAUUUUGUAUCCAGUCCUCGUGAAGCUCCACUACUAGUGUAUCAACACCGUCCCAAGCAAUUGCAUACUAUUCUUAGUACUCCUCUAGGGUCCUCCAUUCAGUUUGAUUCGUUGCAUGUAGUUCUUGCUCCUUUUUUUAACGACUUCCUAAUGGCUUUCCAUUGAAAGACUGCUAUGGAUAUGGAUAUGGACACCUUGCUUUCUUUCCAAAUUUGGAUAUGAUAGAUUUACUUUCAGGUAAGGACCUAGAAAGGUUUUGUUGGGUGUAUACUACUACGUAUAGCCCUGAUGGGUUUAUUGUAUGACUUGAAGGUAGUUUGGUUGCCAAGGGAUACAGACAGACCUAUGGUGCAUAUUCUUUUGAAACUAUUUCACUUGUUGGUCGUCUCAAUUCCGUGUGUGUCUCUCUUUGGCUUUUAAUUUUACUCUGCCAUUUAUCAAUUAGAUAUCAAAAAUGCAUUUUUAUGUGGUGCUUUGGUUGAGGAAGUGAUGUGAAGCAACCUCCUGGGUUUGUUGCUCAGGGGGAGGAUGCUAGUAAAGUUUACCAACUUCUCAUAAGGAAAUUUAUAGGUUGAAACAAUCACUUAAGAGUUAGUUUGGUAAGUCAACCUCCAUUGUUACCAAGGGUGAGUUUGCGUAGUGUUGUUUUAAUCACUUAGUUUUUGUUCAUCAAUGGAACUCCAGAGUAAUUGUAUUGAUUUUUUAUGUUGACAAUAUUAUUAUAUCUAGUAAUGAUGAUUAUAUAGGUGAAAUCCUAUUUACAUCAACAUUUUUAAAUGAAAGACCUGGGGCUUCUCAGGUAUUUUCUUGGUAUUGAAGUUUGUUAGUAGUAAGAAAGGAAUCGGUCUCUCUCAAAGAAAAUAUGUGUUUGACAUUUUGAUUGGGAUUGGUACAUUGGCAUCCAAGCCCGUUGAUAUGCCAAGGGAUCGACAUAAAAGAUUUGGGGCUAAUGAUGGUGAAGAGCUUGUUGACAAGCACCAAUACAAGAGUUUAAUGGCAAGCCUUUUAACUUACUGUUAACAAGACAGACAUAUCCUUUGAUGUGGUUGUUAUUAGUCAGUUUAUGCAAUCACCCAAGAAGGCUCAUUGGGACUCGUCCUACUGAGUUCUGAGGAAUCUUAAGGGUGCUCUAGGAAAGGGUCUUUUUUAUAGACCUAAUAAUCGUAUUGAGUUGGUUGUCUAAUCAGAUGCAUAUUGGGUAGGUGCUAAAGGUGAUAGGGGGUCAACUAUUGGAUAUUGCACGUUUGUGGGUAACGGAGGAGCAAAAAGAAAACUAUUGUGGCAAGGUCAAGUGUUGAGGUUGAGUGCAGAGCUAUGUUUCAUACUACAACUCAGUUGAUGUGGUUGAAAUCACUUCUUCAGGAUCUUGGCGUUUAGGCGGUUUGCCUGGGGUCUAGGCAAUGGUUGCCUUAUUGCACUGCAUGUCGCCUUAUGGCACUUGUUUAUGCCAAAUAUCAUUUUAUGUAAUUUUUUUACAUUUACUUAAAAUAUUAUUCAUAAAUAAGCAAACACCCCCUAUUUUAAUCCAAUAGAAAUAGUUUAAAAAUAAAAUUCGAAAAGGAUUAAAAGUCAACCCCUUGUCCAAGAACAAAAACUAGAUUUUUGGUUAUAGAAGCGAUUUUCAACCUUCAAAUGUUGGGGGUUUUCUCAAUUCUGAAAAUUUUAUAAAUCUUAUCACGGUAAAACAUUGCUAAAAAUCAAAAGUCCGGUAAAAUAAUUUAUUAUUUUGAUGUCCAUAAAAUUAUUUUCAUUCAUGCGAUUUUUACAACAUUCAUGCACUUUAAAAUAAGUUUGACCGGAACAUAACUUUGUUAUUAUAAUUCACAAAUUUAAGUAAUCUUAGAUUUGUUGAAAAGUUGGUUUUGUUAUAUCUAAUACAAAAAGUCUCAUGUAAAAAUUAAAUUAUUUGACCAGUCAAACUUAUUAUAGA